UAGUAGUCAGGUCCUGGUGUAAGUGUUUGAAUGAUAUUUUAAGACUGAUUCCCAAUUUCUUUCUAUUCACAAUUGUAGUAGUCUUUCCUCCAGUUGUACCUGUAAAGGUAAAUGUAAAGAAGUUACUGAUAAUUGUAUUUAACAAUACAGGGAUCACAUGUGCCUGUCUUUGUAAUCGCUGGCAGUUGGGAAUGCUCUGAUAAGGGUAUAUGGGAUUUCUAUAUUGCAAAAGAAUGUUAUGCACGCAGUAUAUCUAUGAAUGUUGGUAUGAGCUACGAGGAUCUAAUCUUAGCUGUCCGUAAAGAGUUUGAACUGGAGGGACUGAGCUUCAAACCAAAAUUAAGCUACUGGCUUCCCUGUCAACUUUCUGUGUUUGCAGUGAAUUCAAGACCCCCUGUCAUCAUUACUAGCACCACGAGCGUCAGAAACUUCUUGGCUGUAAAGGAAACUGCAGUUCAUCUAAAUCUCUUAUUGUCUCUUGAACCUGAAACUGGUGAUGAUAUUGGCGUGAGGCUGAGAAAAUCUUUGGUUCCUGCUGAGAAGGGUAAAGAUUUUGGUGGGGAUGAAACUGCAGAGGCUUAUGCAGCGGUACUGCCAAUUGAGGAAGCCUUGCCUGACAGCAGAUACAAUCUUACUAGCAAGCACAGUGGUGUUAGGAGGCGGCUAUUUGUUGACACGGAUGCAUCUUGUUCAAAAACGCCAAUAAAGUUCAUCUCUGUUCCAUCAAGUAGUGAGGAGUCUAGGAAAAAUGAUUGUGGCAUCAUUAGACUUGGUGAUGCAGAUACACCAUCACUGUCUGCUCACUCUGAAGAUAACAAUGCAACAGGUAUAGUGGGACUGCGAGACGUAAGUGCUGAAGAGGAUGAAGAGUUGAUAAGAGCAGUUGAAGAUGUUGAGAAGCGUCAAAAUGAGCUACGGAUGCGUAAGGGUAAAGGUAAAUGCAAUGAUACUGAGGUUGAUACAGGCAGUAAUCAUACUGAAGAUUCUGACACAGAUGGGCUUGUUUCGUCAGGGACAGAAGAUGAUGAUCUUUGUGAUGAGGAUUACUGGAAUUUGGCAUUCGACAGCCAAUAUCCUUUUGACUUCAAUGCAUCUUUAUUCCAGUUAGGACAGCCAACAACAGAUGUCAUAUCGCCAAUUGUUGAAGAUGGAAGAUGUGAUACUGGGGAGGAGGACAUAGGUGCAGCUGUUCUGUCAUACGUGACAAGGGAAAGAGAGGAACCUCAGUUUGCAAAUGAGGACAACCUUAGAGCAGAGGUCAAAAUUGGACGAGAGGGCAAUCUUGGAGGAGAGGACAAUGUUGGAGGAGAGGGCAAUCAUGGAGGUGAGGACAAUGUAGCAGGGAAUGCAUCCCCCGGUUUUUAUGAUGAUUACCUAGUAGCCAAUGAUUCCUCAGGAUUUUCUGAUCGCAACCAAGGUGGGCCUAGUGGACUGACAUUUGCUGUGGGGAACCACAGUGAGCCUGGCUCCUCUGCUUUUGGUGUAAACGACCAACCCGGGCCUUCUUCCUCUGUAGUUGCUGUGGAAAAGCAAGCGACGGUUUCAUCAGCAUUGCCUUUGGCUACCCAACUCGGUGAUUUAGAGGAUGUGUUUGUUGAUUACACACAGAGAGGCGAUGCUGAACCAGUUUUUGAUGACAUCUACCAAGUAACUAACACAGAUGGAUGUGCCAUUAUAUCUGCUGAAGAAGAUGCAAUAUAUAUUGGUAGAGUGUUUAAAAGUAAAGAGGAUUUACAAAACACUUUAGCCAUAUAUGCCAUCAAGAGGUUGUUUCAUUUUAGGCAAACAAAGUCAGACAGAAAGCGGGUCAUAUGUGUCUGUAUUGAUCGACAUUGUAGAUGGAGAGUAUUUGCACAUAGGGUAUCACAGUAUUCAGAAAAUUAUGAGAUCAGAAGAGCAACUCUAACCCACACAUGCUCCAUCACUUCUAGGUCACAGUAUGAGAAGCAAGCUUCAGCAAAAGUGAUCGCUGCGGUUUUAAAAGAUAAUUAUGCCAACGGAUUGCCUGGGCCACGCGCAGUUGAUAUUCCGGAUAUAGUGCUAGCAGAGCUCAAAGUUUCAGUAACAUACAUGAAGGCAUGGUAUGCUAAGGAAGCUGCUCUACUUAAAAGUCGUGGGAGUGAUGAAAAGAGCUACAAGCUCCUAGCAGUUUACAUGUACCUUUUGGAAAAAGGAAAUCCGGGAACAGUAUAUAAGCUGGAAUAUACUGCUGGAGGAGCUGUUGCAAAACAAUUCAAAUACUUAUUCUUUGCUCUUGGAGCAAGCAUUGCAGGCAUUAAGUUCAUGCGAAAGGUAGUACUUGUAGAUGCAACUGCUAUAAAGAACAAGUUUAUGGGGGUCCUUAUGACUGCAAGCAUGCAAGAUGCUAAUUUUCAAGUUUUUCCAAUAGCGUUUGGAAUUGUUGAUGCAGAGAAUGAUUUGGCGUGGACCUGGUUUUUUACUCAACUCAGCUCGCUUGUCCCUGAUGCAGAGGAUAUAGUCCUUGUUUCUGAUCGGCACAGGUCCAUAUAUUCUGCGGUUCGAAAAGUAUAUCCACUUGCCUUUCAUGGAGCAUGCGCAGUCCACAUUGAAAGGAAUGUUAACGCUAAGUUUCCUGGGACAGGCCUCUCAAGCCUUGUUUGUAAAGCAGCUCGUGCAUUUAACUAUGGUGACUACAAAGAAUGGUAUGCUGAGAUUGAAAGGAGAGACAAAAGGUGUGCAGUGUUUUUGGAUGCAAUACCUCUUGAACACUGGACACAAGCAUUUUGUAAAGCAAAGCGCUACAAUAUGAUGAGCAGCAACAUUGCUGAGGCUCUAAAUGGUGCAUUAGCAAAAAUCGUUGAACUUCCCAUUGUUUCAAUGGUAGAGUCUAUCAGAACAAAGUUGAUGGAGUGGUUUUGUUUCAGAAGGGAGAGAGCAAGAAAACUAUUGGCUUCGGGAGAGCCUAUAACACCUAAUGUGAACACAUUACUCCUCCGGCACCACACUGAUUCAGCAGGUUUGGCCGUUAAACCAGUUUCAGCAUGGAGUUUCCAAGUGUCUUUGAAGGAAAAGAAGUUCUAUGUCGAUUUAGCAGAAAAAACAUGCAGCUGUUUGCAGUUUCAGAAGCUGGAAAUCCCUUGUUGUCAUGCUCUAGCAGCAGCAAGAAGAAACGGCGUUCCAGUGCCAGCUCUUGUAGGUGAACACUACACGGUUAAAGUCUUUGGUGCAAGCUACGAGAAAUUUAUCUUCCCUGUGCCUAAUGAAUGCGACGUACAAAUUCCGGUAAAUGUGCAAGAAACAGAAUUCAUUCCACCAAAAAAUAAGAACGGUCCUGGCCGUAGGAGGAAAAGAAGGAUCCCUUCCACUGGAGAGUACCAGGUAAGAUGCAGCCUAUUACUGUAAUUGAUAGAAAAAAAUGUCACCACUUGUUUAGAAAUUAACUGUUUGUAAAUGUUUCUGAAGGGUUCUAAGAGGCGCAAGACUGGACCUCAUAAGUGUUCUACAUGCCAUCAAAAAGGCCAUAACAGAGCUACUUGCAAAAACAUGCCUGGAUAAGGUGAGUCAAUGGGGAGGAGUACUUUUUGGUCCAACGAAGCGAUAAUGUAAGUUGUGAAGGUUAUUUUUGGAUUGGUCAGACAACGACCAUGGACACAUGUGGUUAGCAGCAAUGGUGAUACCUUUUGGUGUAUUUUGAGUACUCUACGGCUGAUGCAAAGCCGCUGUACAGCUAUCUGGCGACCCGCUAAGUGCACUUGGCUAAAAGCCAACUUUCAAACAGAUUGUGCCUUCAAUGUACGUAGCACUUCUGGUAAUAUGCAGGAAUGUAAUAUUAAGAUGUAAUAUUAAGCUGCUGCUUAAACAAGUCUACUGAUAUGUGUCCUUUAACUAGUAAUGAAAACUGCUUCUGUUGGUGUAGAUGGAAACUCGGUGCAUUGAUAUUAUAGGCGAGUAAAAGGUGCAUAACAUUAUACAUUUCAGCAUAACUCUCGGAAUCGAGUCGCAUACAUAAAAACAAAACAUCUGCGGCAAAGACUAGUGACCCUAAAAUUAUUUAUAAAACAGUUAGGGAGACCACCACCAAAACGUAAGGAAUUGUCAUAACGGCCAGCCCUUGGAAAUCUCAUGGAUGUAACUUGGUGCAGAACCAUUUCACCAACCUCAACUGCUUCCUCAAUAUUAGGAACAAGAUUAAAAAAUGUUUGCAUCACCUCCAUACCUUGGUCAAAAGAUCCACAACAAACAAGAACAAUUCCCAGCGCAAACCUAGCAUAUAGGAUGUGUGGAGCAGCGGCUCCUAACAGGUCAAUUGAACGUUGGCAAGGUCCUUCUUGAGCAGCAAGCCGUAAGCCUUCAACGUAGUGAGCAGAUGGGUUGGCAGCAUCCAAACACCGUAAAAAGAAGGGCCGGUAGAGAGAACCAAUAUUUGCAAGAUGAGGUGCAAAUACAAACUCAUCAAUAUCAACGUCCUCAAGAACACUGACAUCAAAGGCAAGGGCCAUGCCUUCCGAUCCAGCAGCUACAAAAGGGCCAAGCUCUCUGAAACCAUGCUGUGAGAGGCGGCGAACAAUUUCUAGAAGCAGAGCAUGUGGAAUGGAGUUCAUUUCAUGCAAUUUGGUGUUUGUUUAGCGUAGAUUGCAAAUAAAGAACAAGUGUGUUUAUAUAGAGUAAAUAAAGGGGAGAAAUAGGAGUAAUGUGGUGCAGAAAUGCAGGUGGGGGUUAAGCGUCAAAUAUUUCAUAUUGAAUGAUGUAGGUGGCACAGGAGGAGCAAGUGGGAAUAAAUAUAAGUGGACAAGUCCUUACGUGUGGAAGGAAAAGAGACAGUGUAAAUUACAUUAAAAUAGAAAAUAAGAUAGGUGCAAAUACAUAUUACAAGCGUGGUUGCAGAAAAGGUAGAGGAGUGAUAGUAAUGGGAAAAAAAUAGUUGUUAACAUAGAAGAAGGAACAUAACAGUAAACCAAUAAAAAAAACAAUGACUGCAGCGUCUGUCUAUGCGGCACCGAGUACGAAAACAGGUAGGUAUGUCAACAUAGUUCCAAGUGUUACCAUGGGAACGAAUCUUAACCGGACCUAGUUGAAUAAUGUGGCGAAAGACCUUGCUCCCAACUGCAUCAGCUGCUCUCCACGAACCAAUGUGAGAGACAAAGGUGUCAAUUGUGUGAAGUGCAUUUUGGUAAAACCCAAGGCAAAUCUCAAGCAACGCUCGAGCAAACCAAGCAUGAGGUGGACUGUUACCAAUGGUGUAUAACAAGUACAGAGCGUCUUCUGAGCGCCCACAUUUGGCAACAAGCCUGAUACUCUCAAGGUAAAUAGCAGUUGGAUUACGAGACUCAAAGCAACGGCGGAAAAAAGGACGAUAAAUAGAGUCUUCGUUAAUAAGCGCAGCAUCAUCAAGAAAGGGUUGAAGGCUAACAUUGUUGAGAACAAUGGGAUGAGAUGCUAGAGUGUGGCACAGUUUGGAAGCAAGCAGCAAACCCCCAAGAGACUUAAACGAGUCCUCCCCAACACGGGAGACAAUAUCUAAAGCAAUGUUAAUGUCCAAUUUUUCCAUUGAAGGGGUAACAACAAACUGUGAACAAUUUUGGACUUUUAAAGAAAAAAACAUGGAGUAAGUGGUAUGAGGUAUUUAAUGUCAAAUAAGGUAGUGGGUGGGGAGCGGGGAAGUGAACUAUGACAUUAAUGGUUUGUAAACGUGAAUUGUAUUCUCAAUAGA